AUGGAUUCUGAAUUAAUGCAUAGUAUAGUAGGAAGCUAUAGGAAACCUCCAGAAAGAAUAUUUGCUCCAUCAUUCACCCAGAAUGAUGAAUUGUCUCGGAAUCACCACUCUGUGAACUUUGAAGUUACCUCUCCUAAAAAGCUUCAUAGUCCAAAUAGCCAAGCUCUUAUUUUAGCCUUAAAAACUCUUCAAGAAAAGAUUCACCGUUUAGAGUUAGACAGAACUCAAGCUGAAGAUAACCUGAACAUUCUAUCCAGAGAAGCAGCACAGUAUAAAAAGGCCUUGGAAGAUGAAACAAAUGAGAGAAAUCUGGUACACCAGGAACUGAUAAAGCAGAAAAAAGAUAUAAGUAUACAAUUAAGCUCAGCUCAGGCUCGCUGUACGCUCCUGGAGAAGCAACUGGAAUAUACAAAGAGAAUGGUUCUCAAUGUAGAGCGAGAGAAGAAUAUGAUCCUAGAACAGCAGACCCAACUUCAAAGGGAAAAAGAACAAGAUCAAAUGAAGCUGCAAGCAAAACUUGAAAAGCUUGAUCUCUUAGAAAAAGAAUGUUUUAAACUUACAACAACUCAGAAAACUGCUGAGGACAAGAUUAAACAUUUAGAGGAAAAACUCAAGGAAGAAGAACAUCAGCGUAAGCUAUUUCAAGACAAAGCUUCUCAGCUUCAAACUGGACUUGAAAUCAAUAGAAUUUUAAUGUCUUCAGUAUCAAACCCAAAUUUAUCUAAGGAAAAGAAGAAAUCUUCAAAGAAAACUAAAAGUUUAAGAAGAGGACCACCUCAGCAAAUGUAUUCAAAGUUUGGAUCAGUGCCUAUGGUGACUGAAAAGCCUGCCAGGGCAUGCCAAUCUGUAAAUGCAAGUGUGCAGAACCUCCUGCAGAUGGUGCAGCAUUAUGGGCCACAGAUUCUUCAGAAACCUGCUGAAGCUGCUGAGCCUAGAUGUCUCUACAAACCUGCUAGAACAGCUUCCCAGUGUAAAGCGGUACCUCCUGACUCCAGAAAAUCUGUUUCCAUUUGUGACAAUUUGUCUGAACUUUUGAUGGCGAUGCAGGAAGAGCUGGACCAAAUGGGUGUAGAACACCAAGAGCUACUGAAUCAAAUGAAGGAAACUGAAAGCCACACAGUCUGUGAAGACAUAGAAUGUGAACUAGAGCAUUUAGUCAAGAAAAUGGAAAUUAAAAGAGAACAGAUUUCCAAACUGAUGAAGCAUCAAGACAAUGUUCAUAAACUACAACAAAAAGUUCAAAAUUCAAAGAUGAGGGAAGCUUCAUAUAUUCACCGAGAAGACAGCAACCCUAAAGGAUUAAAGAACAUAAAAUAUAGCCCCAGAAAAUGUCUGGUAAAUCACUCUCUUCAGAAGAACAGCAACUUUCAUCCAACGCAAGUCCAUAAUCUUCAAAUGAAAUUAAGAAGAGAUGAUAUCAUGUGGGAACAGUAA